GGGAGCGGGCGAGGCCUCGCUUGGCCGCGGCCUCCCCUGGCUGGGGGAUGCCUGGCUGGGCUGUGACUCGGCUCGCCCCGGGCAGUUCGUGGUCACGGAGCUGCCUCCAUUCCCGCCCCGCCUCGGUGCUCCGCCGGGAGCGAGGCGGAGCGAGGGCCGGCGGGGUGAGCUCCCGGGAGUGAGGGGCCACGGCGCACACCGUGGCACCGUAUCUGUUUCGAAUCGUGCGUGCUUGAUGCGUUCAGACAGAGAAUCCGGAGGAGAAAACUCCAAAUGGUGUUUUAAUCUACCUUCCUCUAUUCCUGCCGGCCCAUCACUGGGCGCUCAGGUUGAAUUUUCCUAUCCUCCCCUAAAACCUGGAGAAGGACAUGACAGCCACAGUUUACCAGAGGAAUGGAAGUACUUGCCAUUUCUUGCCUUACCAGAUGGCGCCCACAACUAUCAGGAAGAUACUGUAUUUUUCCACCUGCCUCCGAGGUGCGGGGAUCGAACCACGGUGUAUGGUGUCUCUUGCUAUCGGCAGAUUGAAGCAAAGGCAUUAAAAGUACGGCAAGCAGACAUCACCCGAGAAACUGUACAGAAAAGUGUCUGUGUUCUCAGUCAGCUGCCUUUGUAUGGGUUACUUCAGGCAAAGCUGCAACUCAUCACACAUGCAUAUUUUGAAGAAAAAGACUUCUCACAAAUUUCAAUUCUAAAGGAACUUUAUGAUCAUAUGAAUAGUUCCUUGGGCAAUACUUCCUUAGAAGGGUCACAAGUUUAUCUUGGUCUGUCUCCUCGGGAUCUUGUUCUCCAUUUUAGACACAAGGUCUUGAUCCUUUUUAAAUUGAUUCUUCUAGAGAAAAAGGUGCUGUUUUAUAUUUCUCCUGUAAAUAGAUUGGUGGGAGCUCUGAUGACUGUCUUGUCACUCUUUCCUGGUAUGAUUGAACAUGGUCUUAGUGACUGCUCACAGUACAGACCAAGAAAGAGCAUAUCAGAGGAUGCUGGCUUGCAGGAAAACCCACCACGGUUAGAUGACUAUGUUUCUGUGUCUGCUGCUGAUGCUUCGAGUGCAAACUUGGGAAUGGGAAAUGGAGACAGGAAGAUGGCAGGAGAUAAUUCACUGGAAGGUCAAAAAGCAAAUGUGCCUUUCUCCCAGGCCGAGAAGACUUGCAAUGGAGCUCAGUCCUCCAACGGAGCUGUGCAGCGCUUGAAAGUUCCUUCCCGUGCUUCUCCAGCAUCCUCAGAAAGUGACUGGGAGACCCUGGAUCCCAGCAUUUUGGAGGAGGCUAAUGUGAAAGAAGGAGAACGUGAGAAUCCAGCGUCAGAACAGGUGGGAAAUCUUCGGAGCAAAGGCAUGAGCUCCGAAGGCCUUCCCAUCACUGUGCAGCCCCAGGCAAACACAGGGCACACGGUGCUUGUUCAAGGACUGGUGUCUGGGUUGGAAGAGGACCAGUACGGGAUGCCACUGGCUAUUUUUACAAAGGGGUACCUGUGUUUGCCGUACAUGGCGCUGCAGCAGCAUCAUCUCCUGUCGGAUGUGACAGUCCGCGGCUUUGUUGCGGGAGCUACCAAUAUCCUGUUCCGUCAGCAGAAGCACCUGAGUGAUGCAAUUGUGGAAAUAGAAGAUGCUCAUGUGCAAAUCCAUGAUCCAGAACUCCGUAAGAUCCUGAACCCAACAACUGCUGACCUGAGAUUUUCAGAUUACUUGGUGAAGCACGUAACUGAGAACAGAGAUGAUGUGUUCCUUGAUGGCACUGGAUGGGAAGGAGGAGAUGAGUGGAUCAGGGCUCAGUUCAGUGCUUAUCUUCAUGCACUGCUUGCUGCUGUGCUGCAACCAGACAAUGAAAAGAUUUUGUCAGACUUUGGAACAGGAUUUGUAACAGCCUGGAAAAAUACCCACAACUACAGAGUAUGGAAUAGCAACAAGCAUCCAGCUCUUGCAGAGGUAAAUUCUAGCCAUCCAUUCCAGGGCCAGUACUCAGUAUCAGAUGUUAAAUUAAGGUUGUCACAUUCAGUGCAAAACAGUGAACGUGGAAAGAAGAUUGGGAAUGUGAUGGUUUCUACCAGCCGGAAUGUGGUACAAACUGGAAAAGCUGUAGGUCAGUCUGUUGGAGGAGCCUUCACGAGUGCAAAAUCAGCAAUGUCAUCAUGGUUUUCCACUUUCACACACUCAACCCAAAGCCUUGGGGACUAAAUGCUGGUUUGGCAGAAUGCUGCUGACUAUUUCAGGUGCAAUCUUUCUCUGAGCUGUAAAAAGACCACUCCAAAAUGUAGGAGUGGAGAUUACCUACCCAGGACCAAAAUAAGGUAUAUGUUGCUUGCAAGCAGAUGUGGAAUGUUAUUAUUCACUUUCCCUAGAAGUACAGAAGAACGGUGAGUGUCGCCAUACAAUGGGAUGGUAUUUGCAGUCUGUUGGUUAUAUUUAAAAUGACUACUUCUCUUUAAAACUGAGCCUUUAUAAAGACAUUAGCAAACAGGGCUUGUUGCAAGCCAAAUGUGUUUGACUUUAGAUUUGUACAUUUUCUUGGAUGUUGAAGAUAUUUAUGUAAAGUAGUUCUAUUUUUCAAUCCAGAUAGCCAAAUGUUUGUGAAUUCUUGUUAGAAAUAAGCAGAAUAUAAAUAAUAAUUUGUCUUUUAGGUUGGAUUUGAGAGAAUCUCUGCAACCCUUAAAGGGUGGAACUUUCACACUUUUACCUUCAAAUUAAAAUCAACAAGGUGCAGAGUAAGACUGUGGCUGACAAGAGUUUUCUUUUCCUCUAUCCCCCCUGUAUCUAUGUAGAGUUGUUUGAAUGAAUCUCUAGCUCUCUUUGUGUCUCCAAAUUUGUGUGACAGUUGCAAAAUCAGUAGUUUUUUUCAUAUUAUGCAGUAGGCCUUCAUACCUUUAGCUCUGUUUUGGCUGAGUUUUUCCCCUGGGAUGUGAAUGGGAUUCCAGUUGGAGAGAUCUCUUCAGGGAAAGAAUUACAAAGCAUUUCUCCCAAACUGGGAUUGGAUCAUAGACAGUUUUGUAAAUUAGUAUGUAAUUACAACAUUAAUGUAGCUGCAUACAUAUGAAUAUGAACUACUAAACCCACCCAAAACUAGCACAGUAGCAAACUCUGUGUGUUUUUGGUUUUUUUCCCCCCAGUAAAGUUAUGAGGACUCUUCCAAAUGAAAAUCAGCUAUGUGGAUUUUCUGUGUCGACUCAGGGAAUGUGCUGUUUGGAUAAUUGCUUUUUUCAUAAGGAAAAUAACACUAGAAUUGAGAGUAACUAGAACAGCUCAGUUAGUAUCCUUUUGUGAAGAAAUAUAAUAGUUUAUUUGAAAAGAUGUGGCAUAAUGCUGUAUUUCCUAUGUAACAUGCAUGUGGUGGUUUCUGUAUGCAAGCGUAUUGCACUUCCUGCAUUUCUUGAUUCCAAAGGAGAUUAUUUCCUUUUUUCUUGCAAUGUGUGCCUCUAGAUGCCUUCUGACAUCCCCAUGUGUUGCUCUUAACAUUUUCUACAUUACAUUAUCCAGUGUUCCAACUUUUCUGUACCAAAAGGCUUUUAGGUUAUUGCCUCAUCAGUAUCUGUCAGCAUUUUGCCAUGUUCUUUUCUGGGGCCAGGAUUUGUAGUCAUGGUUCUAUUUCCUAUUCUUCAAAUAAAAUGCAGCCGCUGACAAGAGAUAAACAAGAAAGCUCAAAUGUUUUUAGGAAAUUAUGUUUUAAUUCCUUCUGUGCAUUUGCAAAGUUAAUAGAAAAGCCACACUUGCAUCACAUUGUCACUGUGCAGCAGCUUGGUUGUCAGUUUUUUUGCUUCAGUGAUUUGAAAAGACGGGAUCUGAUUUAAAGCCUUCUUUAAUUUCUUUUCCAGGACAGACUAGAUACAAUGACUGUGGAAAACCUAAAGGCAAGCAGCCAGUUAAAGUAGUUUGAUUUGAGAAGGGCAAAAAAGGCCCCUAAAACUCUACUAAUUUAUUGCUUCUGACACAUAAAUAAGCUGUAUCUAUCAAACUGCAGCUAUUGCUCCUUGUCUGUGUGUCUUUGUAUCUCUCCUCAAACUUUUGAUGCUCUUUUCUGUUUUAUUCCACAACUCUGUAAUAGACAUUUAUAUCUUUUUAAAGACUGGAUACAGUCUUAGAUACUUUAUAUACAGUGAAUUAAGACUAGAGCUGUUUAUUCAUGGUGUGUCUAGAGCUUUCUGAAUCAGCAUGCAGAUAAGAAAAUAAACACUUGCUUUUGUGAAAUGACUAACAUAUUAUCUGCACUCUGGGAUUUAAGUGGUCACAGUCCAUGUUCUAAUGAAGACUGAAGAAAGGUGAAUAAAGGAUUUAAUCACCUAUAAAACCAAUUCCAGGAACUUAAGGCAUGCCUAGGUAGAUUUAGGCUUAAGGAGCUCACAGUGGUGAGUUCUAGAAGCCAGGCAAGUUGUUGGUAUUUACAUGUACAUGCAGUAGAAGCAGGACCUUCAAGGAUCCCUUUUCAAUAUCCUUGUCUUUGUUACCUCCUCACCUGAGUUUCUCUGUUGAGUUCUCAAAUGCUCCAAAUUUAUGUGGCAAAUUUAUUAGCUUUCUGCAUUCCCUUUAUUCCCACAGGUUCCCUCGCUGGCCUAGGAGUAUUAGAAAGCUGACCUUUGUUUGUUUUCUGGUGGAUUAAUCUGAGGAAAGACAGAAAGAGGUGCCCUCACUGGCUGCUUGUUGCUUUGUACAGUGAUUCUGUUGUGUCACGUCACAAUUUUUCUUAUGGGCAAGGAGACCAGACAGAUCUUUCUCUGCAGCCUUUUUCUCACUGUCCCAGCUGUCUCUGUUUUGGAACCAAACAUACAACCUGAUUAAGACUAUUUUCCUUUCCUUACAAAUGACAGAAUAAAAAACUUUUCAGUCUUUUUAAGAACUGACACCCUGCUAGCAAGUUGGACUCAGAUUUAAACUCAGAUUUAAAGAGUGAUUAAGACUUAAUGAGUGGGUGGAGAUGAAGAGAUCUCCAUAAUUAGUUGUCUUCAUUAACAUCUACGUUUGCUCUCCAACAUUUGCUUAAGCUUACUUUUGGGCUAUAGGAAGGCAUGCAGCCACUGAGGUUCAUCUAAGCUCAUAUAGUUCUCUUCUUAACUUAAUUCUUGUAACCUCUUUAGUUAAAUCCAAUGCAAAUGCAAGUUAUUUUCCUCUCUUCUGCUUUAAUAUUUCCAGUGCAGGCAUUAUUAAUUAUUCAGAAUAAUUUAGGCAGUCGACUUCCAUUUCAAAGACUUCGACUUUCUAUUUCUGCACUGUAAGAAACAAAGGGUCCUAAGUGAAUUGGUGAUAGUGCCUCUAAUCAGUCAGCUGUGAAGGUAUUGUUACAGCUCUGUCCUGAUUUGAUGUUGCAAAGGUAUUUCUGGCUGUCAGCAUGCAGCACAUACCGACUUACAGGUAACACAAUAGCACACCGCUCAACUUCCUCUCAUCACAGGCGUCAACCUCAGCUUUUUGCAUGUGCCAGCAUUUGAGGAAGUGCCUGUUGAGCAUAGAAAUUAAAUGUAAGUCCCCCAAACCCCACAAGACUUAAGUGUUGCUGACCUUAUAUUUCAUUUGACUGAAGUGUUCAGCAUCUUUAAUCAGUGAUUUUUCAUGUCAUAACCUUAAUUCCUGUACACAUCUCACACCAGUUUCCUCAAAUGUCACAAUGUAAUUAGAAUUUUUAGGUCAGUGUUCUGGUACAUUGCACUUGUUUGACUUUGUACUUCUGUUUUAAGCACCUUUGUAAUUAAAUAUAAUAUUUUGCCCAAACAAGCUUCUGAUUUCCAUACAAAUUAUUACUAAGCAGAGAAACUAAUGUGGCAGUAUUUAAUUGUAAAAGUGAAGGUGUGAAUGCAGUUUUUAAACAUAGGAACUACUGCUUGAUAAUUGAACAUACAAGUAAUAUAUUUAAUUUUUCCUGUGCUGCUUGAAAAAUAAAAUACAUCCAGCCUGUUUAAAGUUCCGUCUGCUCAGAAAGCUGUAUUAUUUUAAUAAAUUAACUCCACCAGAAGACACUUGCAGGCAUCUGGUUUUGGUAUUGGUAGCUGCUUGUAAUUCACUGGCAGUAUUUUUGAAAUUUGUCUUCCAUUGAAACUGAUUAUGGAUGCUGCUUUUUGAAAAUUUAGGACAAAAGGGUCCUCUAGAGUGACUUUUUAUUCCCUGUGGAGUGCUGCUUCUUGUGGAUUGAUUGAAGUCCUCAGGAGGUUACAGACCUCUCUAAAAUCAGUAAGAAUUUCAAGUACAACUAAAAUUUUGGUGUAGAUUUAGCUUCAAAGUAACUUGUAGUUUCUGUGGAUUGUGGCAUCUGGUCAAAAUCAAGAUGCUGUGUAAAUUACUUGCGGCACAUCCAGUUCUCUGCCAUAGGGAGCUGUUUUAAAACUUCAGAACUUCUACUGCAGCUGUCACUGUACCUGUCUGAGAAUGAUUUGCUAAAUGGGUUUUCCAGAAGGAAGAAACUGACUGCCUUGGGUAACCUUUAGAUGUGAGUUACACAAAGGUUAUGUCUAGACAAUGGUUGCAAUUCCCUAAAAUUUGUUAUGGUUUUUCUGACCGUGUGCAAGUAGUUGGGCAGAGACACUGAAAGAUAAAUUAACAUCAUGCUUUUUAUGCACUGCAAUUUCACUUUCUUGCAGGUAUUUGGUUUUCAUUAAAAAGGGCAACAUGGAGAUUAUUCAUUAAAGGGAGAAACACUACAUUAUUGUAUUAUGAUUAAAGAUGUAUGAAAAAUUG